AUGAUCUUCUCCAAGAUGGUUGCCCCCAUUGCUGCUCUUGCCAGCCUCAGCUCCGCCCUCCCCGCCGUCAAGCGCGGUGGCUCCGGCGGCGUGAACAUCAUCAACAACCUGGCUGACACCGUCUACGCGUGGUCUGUUUCUGAUAGAGUCAGUAACAUGCACACCCUUUCUGCGGGCGGUGGCAACUACCAGGAAUCCUGGCAGAGCAACGACAACGGCGGCGGCAUCUCCAUCAAGCUGGCCACCUCCCAGGACCAAAACUCCGUGGUGCAGUUCGAGUACACCCAGGCUGGCGACACCAUCUUCUGGGACAUGAGCCUCAUCAACCUCAGCGCGGACAGCGAAUUCACCAAGCACGGUUUCUCCGUCAUCCCGUCCGAUAGCGGCUGCCCCUCCGUCACCUGUGCCGCUGGCGAUACGGCCUGCGCUGCGGCUUACCUCAAGCCUGAUGAUGACCAUGCUACUCACGGCUGCCCUAUUGACACUCAGUUCACUGUCAACAUUGGCGGCCAGUAG